AUGGAGGACGCCGAGGAGAAACCCCACCGGCAGAGCCUCGCGGAAGAGGCUGUUUUGAAGGGCUCCACGGAGCAGGAGGUCAACGGGGGGGAAAAGCCCAGGAGAUGCCCCUCGGGGGGAGGUUGCAAGCCCACCCCACGAAGCUCGGAGGAGGAAAGACCGACCACCUGCGAGGAAUGCGGCCGGAGCUUCAGCCGGAGCUCCAACUUGGUGGUCCACCAGCGGUUGCACGCCGGCGAGAAGCCCUACAAGUGCUUGGAGUGCGGGAAGAGCUUCAGCCGGAGCUCCCACCUCCUCACCCAUCACCGCCUCCAUACGGGGGAGAAGCCCUACAAGUGCCCCGAGUGCGGGAAGAGCUUCAGCGACAGCUCCACCCUCAUCACCCACCAACGCUUGCACACCGGCGAGAAGCCCUACCAGUGCCCCGACUGCGGGAAGGGCUUCAACCAGAGCUCCAACCUCACGUCCCACCAACGCACCCACACCGGGGAAAGACCCUACAAGUGCCCCGAGUGCGGGAAGAGCUUCAGCGUCAGCUCCUACCUCAUCCGCCACCAGAAGAUCCACACCGGGGAGAGACCCUAUAAGUGCGAGGAGUGCGAGAAGACGUUCAGCCAGAGCUCCAGCCUCCUCAUCCACCAGCGCGUCCACACCGGGGAGAAGCCCUACAGGUGCGUGGAGUGCGGGAAGUGGUUUAGGAACAGCUCGGACCUCAUCAGGCAUCAGCGGACCCAUACCGGGGAGAGACCCUACCGCUGCCCCGACUGCGGGAAGAGCUUCAACCGCAGCUCCAACCUGAUGACCCACCAACGCAUCCACACCGGGGAGAAGCCCUACGGGUGUCCCGAGUGCGGUAGGAGCUUCACCGUGAGUUCUGCCUUGAUUAAACACCAAAGGACCCACCGGGAAGGGAAGCCCUACGAGUGCCCCGACUGCGGGAAGAGCUUUGUCCGCUCUUCGAACUUCAUUACCCAUCGGAGGACCCAUGUUGGGUGAAGACCUGGUGACCCCCGUUGA